AUGCCGUCUGCAGUCAACAAGCCCGCCCUGUUCCCUUCGUUAUCUCCAGAAUAUGUACUCGCGUUCCAAUUUUCUUCUUGGUAUCCCAAGUUCUCUGGCAUCAGCAUUAAAUCUACCGUGAUACGCCCUCUCAGUCAAGAAUUUCAGGAAUAUCUUGACUCUGAUGGCGUAUUUCUUCCUGAUGGUGCCGAAGACGUACCCGUCGUGAGCGAAUUGUCGGACAACGAAGACAGUGACGAGGAGGAAAGCGAGCCGGAUCGUCGACAUUUUGCGUUUCCUGAGUUAGAUGCCAAAAUUAGGGAGGCAGUAGUGCAGUAUGGUGCUGUGUUCCCAAAGCUCAAUUUCUCGUCACCCCGGGAUGCAGCAUGGAUGCUUCCUGCUUCCUCUCCUUUGAAAUGCAUGUCGCCCGCAGAUGUAUACUUAUUUCUCAAAUCAUCAGAUUUUAUUCAGCACGAUAUAACAUCCAGUCAUGUCUUUGAAGGAUGCGAGGGGCUCUCGCCUUUAGGAGAAAACACAAGCCCCUUUCCGCAAUACGAAUUGGAGCUAAUCUUGCGCAAAUGGUAUCCUGUAGACCGCAGUAGAGAGAUUAGGUGUUUUGUUCGGCAGGAACGUCUACUAGGCGCGAACGGAGUUUCUCAACGAGAUCCCAAUUAUUACGACUUCUGGAUUGAGCCAGGAACUCAGGCGAAGGUGCUAGAGGCGGUUCAAACAUUCUGGAAGGCAAAAAUAAAAGGCAGGUGGGAGGAUUCUAACGGUGAUUAUGUAUUCGAUUUCCUGCUCACGCGUGAUUUAUCUCGUGGACAUAUUCUCGACUUCAACCCAUACGCGCCACGGACCGACCCAUUGCUUUUCACAUAUGAAGAGCUACACGAACUGUUGCUUCGGGGGGAAUCAACAACAACCGAGCCGGAAUUACGGGUGGUAGACUCACUUGACCAUCCUGUCGCGACACGCAAUGCACCCGCACAUCAACACAACAUGGUUCCAUUGGAGGCAUUGACAAUGAGCAGUGGGAGAGAUGUGCAAGAAUUUGCGAACUUAUUGCAAGAAGAGAUACAAAAUGCCAUGUAA